AUGCGUAUCGAGGAACUCAUCAUCGACGGCUUCAAGUCGUAUCCCGUGCGCACGCACGUCUCCGGCUUCGAUGCCUCGUUCAAUGCCAUCACCGGCCUCAACGGCUCGGGCAAGUCCAACAUCCUCGACUCAAUCUGCUUUGUACUUGGCAUCACCAACCUCACUGCCGUGCGCGCAAACAACCUCCAGGACCUCAUCUACAAGCGUGGCCAGGCCGGCAUCACCAAGGCCUCCGUCACCAUCGUCUUUGACAACACCGACCGCAAAAAAUCGCCAGUGUCGUUCGAAAACUGCCCGCAGAUCACAGUGACCCGCCAGAUCGCCAUGGGGGGCGCCAGCAAGUACCUCAUCAACGGCCACAAGGCCACGCAGCAGGCGGUGCAGAACAUGUUUCAGAGCGUCCAGCUCAACAUCAACAACCCCAACUUCCUCAUCAUGCAGGGCAAGAUCACAAAGGUGCUCAACAUGAAGCCCGCAGAGAUCCUCUCCAUGAUCGAAGAGGCGGCUGGAACGCGCAUGUUCGAGGAUCGCAAGGACAAGGCCAUCAAGACCAUGGCCAAGAAGGAUCAGAAGGUCAAGGAGAUCACCGCGCUGCUCGAGGAGGAGAUCACGCCCAAGCUCGACAAGCUCCGCGAGGAGAAGCGAUCCUUCCUCGAGUACCAGAAGGCCACCACCGAACUCGACCGCCUCACGCGUCUCGCCAAGGCCUACGAGUGGCAGCAGUUCUGUGCAAAGUACGAAGAGCGCAAGGCCCUCGUCGACCGCAAGUCCCAGGACGUACAGGACCGUCAGGACGAAGCCGAGGCGCUCAAACGCCAGAUCGAGAGCAUCGAGAGGGAGCUCGCACAGAUCGAAAAGAAGAAGGAGGCAGAGAUGACCAAGGGCGGCAAACUCCAGGCGCUCGUCAACCAGAGCAAGGAGCUUCAGCACGACCUCGUCAAGCGCAAGACCAACGUCGAUCUCAAGAUGGGCUCGGUCGACGAGGAGCGCAAGAAGCUCCAGGCGGACCAGGUCUCGCUCGACGCGCUCCACCAGACGCUCAAAGACAAGGAAGCUGAGCUCAUCGACCUUUCCGGCUCCUUCUCCAAGCUCAAGGCCGACUACGACGCUGCGGUCGCCGACGUGACCAAGCAGGACGAGCUGCUGCAGACGCUGCUCACCGGCAUGGCAUCCUCGUCCAAGUCCAAGGCCGGCGAGGCCUCGGCAGGCGGCUACAUGGGCCAAAUCGCCUCGGCGCGCGCCGAGGACACCGAGAUCGAGCAGUCCAAGCUGCGCAUCGGCCACCUGGAGAAGGAGGUCAAGCAGAAGGAGCCGCUCGCCCGCAAGGCGCAGAAGGAUGCAGCGGGACUCUUGGGCGAGCUCGAGUCGUCGCGUGCGGCAGUGCAGCAGCUCGAGGCGCACAUGCAGAAGCUCGGCUGGGACGACGACAAGGAAAAGUCGCUGCUGCAGUCCAAGUCCGAGUGGAGCCGGCGCGUCGCCGAUCUGCUCGAGCGCAAGGAGGCGCUCAAGUCCAGGCUCGCCGGCAUGGACUUCCAGUACGCCGAUCCCGAGCCCAACUUUGACCGCUCGCGCGUCAAGGGUCUCGUCGCCUCGCUCGUCCAGCUCGACCAGGACAAGCACAAGUACUCGACCGCGCUCGAGAUCUGCGCGGGCGGCCGCCUGUACAAUGUCGUCGUCGAGGACGAAAAGGUGGGCUCCAAGCUGCUCGCCCACGGCCAGCUCCGGAAACGCGUCACGCUCAUCCCGCUCAACAAGAUCAACGCGUUUGUCGCCAGCGCCGAAAAGGUGGGCGCAGCGCAGAGGCUGGCGCCGGGCAAGGUGGACCUGGCGCUCACGCUCGUCGGCUACGACGACGAGGUGAGCCGCGCGAUGGAGUACGUGUUUGGCAACACGCUCGUGUGCGCCGACGCGGCGACGGCCAAGCGCGUCACCUUUGACAAUGCGGUGCGCAUGAAGAGCGUCACGCUCGACGGCGACGUAUACGACCCGGCGGGCACGCUCUCGGGCGGCAGCAAGCCCAGCACGGGCGGCGUGCUGGUCAAGAUGCAGGACCUGAUCAAGAUCGAGCGUGCGCUCAAGGAGGCGCAGGCCGAGCUCGCCAAGGUCGAGGCGCAGAUGCACGCGGCCAAGGCGCACAUGGCCAGCUUCUCCAAGGCCAAGCGCGAUGUCGAGCUCCAGCGGCACCAGGUGACGCUGCUCGAGUCGCAGAUCAGCGGAUCCAACGCCACGCGCAUCAUCGCCGAGGUGGACAAGGCCAAGGCGGCGAUCGGCGAGCUGCGCGAGGCCAUCGAGGCGGCCAGGACGCGCCAGCAGGAGGCGGCCAGGGAGGCCAAGCGGCUGGAAAAGGAGAUGGACGAGUUUGACAAGAACAAGGACUCGAAGCUCGACGAGCUCAAGGCGGACCUCAAGCGCAAGAAGGCCGAGGUGGCGAAGCGCAGCGGCGAGAUCAAGGCGCGCCAGGGCGAGGUGCGUACCUUGGAGCUCGAGCUGGAGCAGACGCGCGGCGAGAUCACGGCGUGCGAAAAGACGAUCGCCGAGGGCGAGCGGGCGAUCGGCAAGGUGGAGAAGGAGCUGGCGGCGAUGCAGCAGGAGCUCGAGACGCUGCAGGCAGGUGUGGAGCGAGUCGAGGCCAAGCUGAGCGAGGAGCGUGCGACGCUGUCGGGCUACGACGACGAGCUGACGGCGCUGCGGUCUGCGCUCAAGUCCAAGAAGCAGGAGAUCGCGGAUGGUGCGCUGGCGAUCAAGCAGCUGACGCACGAGCGCGAGAAGCUGGUGACGGACGUGGCCGGGUUGGAAAAGUCGAUCGCGCAGCUGGAGAACCAGUUUGAGUGGAUCGCGACCGAGCAGCGCUUCUUCGGGCAGGCGGGCACGGUGUACGACUUUGGCAAGCACAACAUGGCCGACGUGCGCAAGCGGUGCAAGAAGCUCGAGGAGACGCAGCAGGGGAUGCGCAAGAAGGUGAAUCCCAAGGUGCUCUCGAUGAUCGAGGGUGUCGAGAAGAAGGAGUCGACGCUCAAGACCAUGCUCUCCACCGUGCUCAAGGACAAGGGCAAGAUCGAAGACACGAUCACCGAGCUGGACCGCUACAAGCGCGAUGCGCUGCACAACACCUGGACCAAGGUCAACGCCGAUUUCGGGUCGAUCUUUGGCGAGCUGCUGCCGGGCAAUACGGCCAAGCUGCAGCCUCCGGAGGGGCAGGAGCUGACGCAGGGACUCGAGGUCAAGGUGCGUCUGGGCACCGUGUGGAAGCAGAGUUUGACCGAGCUGUCGGGCGGGCAGAGGAGUCUGAUUGCGCUCAGCCUCAUCAUGAGUCUGCUGCAGUUCAAGCCGGCGCCGAUGUACAUCCUGGACGAGAUCGAUGCGGCGCUCGACCUGAGCCACACGCAGCACAUUGGCCAACUCUUCCGCAACCGGUUCCGGGGCAGCCAGUUUAUCGUCGUGUCGCUCAAGGAAGGGCUCUUUACCAACGCCAACGUGCUCUUCCGCGCGCGCUUCAGGGACGGCACCAGUCUCGUCGAGAGGACCGUCAAUGCCAACCGCACCACCACCGCCGCCGACGAGGUGGACAAGGAGAACGCCAACCCGAACGCGGCGCCGCGCAAGAGGGGCAAGGCGGCCGGGGGCGCGGGUGGCGCGGGCGGACGUUUGGUGGCGGCGUAA